UGGGAGAACUACUCCAUGGAGAAAAAAACAAAAGUAGAAUCAGACGCGGAAUUCAUACUGUGAAGGAUGGAUUCCUGCUUCUGGACGUUGAUCGGCACUUCUCCAAGCUCAAACUGGCCUCCAAUGGUGAUGAAGAUCAAGCUAGGGCACUUGGAGACUCUUGUUCGUCGCUUUCUCUCUCUAGGAAUCAUUCUCUCUCUCAAAAACUCGAAUCCCCCCGACUUGUGGCUGAGAAUCUGCUUAAAAGCAGAAAAUCCCGACUCACACGGCCAGGGUGGCACGGCCGUGUGGCUUACCCAGUUUCCCGUGUGAGUCAAAACGCUGUGUUCCAAUUAGUUCGAUCUUCAGGCUUCUCACACGGCCAGGGUCGCACGGCCGUGUGAGAUUUCCAUCUGCCCGUGUUUGCUCUCGGCGAAACUCGCACGGCCAAACUACUCCUUCACACGGCCGUGUGAAUAUCAGGGCAAGCCGUGUUUGCUCUCGCACAAUCUCACACGGCCAAAGUGGUCACUUGCACGGCCGUGUGAGUUGUGGGUGUGCCCGUGUGACCUCCUUUGUGACUUGUCUCGCGCCCGAUCUUCGCCCAAUCGACCCCGAACUCGCUCCUAAACCUUCAUUCACUUGCCAGGACCUGAAAUAUCACAAACAAGCACAACCUAGCGUGAAAUCGGUCUAAAACACGAGAAACCACAUCUCAAACGGUGUAAGAACAGGGGUGAAAACAUGUGUAAUUAACGGUCUAUCAACAGACCUUAUCGUUAGAACCCAAUGAGUAUCCUGGUGGCCUCUCCAUAUAUAUAACUUCCUCUAAAUCACCAUGGAGGAAAGUGUUCUUUACAUCGAAUUGGUACAAAGGCCAAUUAUUCUGAGCUGCCACCGCCAAUAAUGUACGAACUGUUGACAUCUUUGCAACACGGGCAAAUGUUUUCAUUGUAGUCCCUGAGCUACUAGUCGAGCUUUGUGGCAAUCAACUGUACCAUCCGAAUUCAUUUUGAUGGUAUAAACCCACCUGCAACCAAAGAGUGAAGUGGAAGAUGACGAUCUUGGAACAAGAGUCCAAGUAUUUUGUUCAUGAAGUGCAUCAAGUUCCCGCUUCAUUGCUCGUUCCCAAACAGGAUCACCUCUAGCUUGCCAAUAGUGGGUAGCGACAACAAGAGUGUCUAUGCCAUGUGCUAUGUAAUCUUGAAAGUGAGGUGGGGGGGGGGGGGAUACCUUUAGUAGCUCGAAGAGAUUUCUUAACAUUUGGAGCUUCUUUGGCAAGAACCUCUUCAACAGGUGGAGAUGCAUUGUGCGACGUGGACGGAGAGCUGGUGGGACUAGAUGAAGAUGAAGCAUGCCUGGAUGAAGCUGUUUUCUAAACCAAUGAGGGAGUGGAAGGUUGUGAAGACGCACCAUGACUGGUCGAAACAAAUGAAGUAGAGCUUUGUGGAGAUAGAUCAAAUGUGGGAGGAAGAGCGUUGGGGUCUUCGGGAGGAAAAGGAAUGGCAUCACUAUCAUCAUCAUCAUCAAUCAAGGCAACGACUCAUUAGAGGAAGGAAAGACCAAAGGAGAAGAACCAUGUACAUAAUACAUGUGAUGUUCGAAGAAGACAAGAGAUGCAACAAUUCGCAUUCAUUGAAACUUAGGAUCGUAACACAGAUAACCUUUGUGAACAUCACUAUACCGUAGAAAGAAACACCUAGCAGUUUUGGAAGAAAGUUUAUUAUGUUCAUGUUUGGGAAGAGGAACAAAACAUAGACAACCAAAAAUUCUAAGACAGGAGUAAUCAUGAUGACCGGAAUAAAGAUCAAAAUAAGGA